AUGGCGCAUGCCUCGCAGCUUCGUCUUUCUCAGGGAGAGCUGGAGGCCAUUUUCACUGAAACGGCGGAGCGCUUCGGGAGUCCGGCAGACUCCGGAGAGCCGGCGCUGGCAUUCGAGCUCUUUGUGGAGCUGCUCGUUGAAACUGCUCGCAGGCAGUUUGCGGAUCUGAAAGACACGGAAUCCGCAGCUGCUUUGUUUGAGGUACAUUUAUUGCCCUUGGCCCGUCGAUUGCGCCGACUUGAGCCUGAUCCUCAGCCAGCAGACCCCAUGCACCACGCAGCUGAUCUGUCGGCUAUUGUCGCGCCAAGGCGAGACUGA